AUGAAGUUUCUGGUAUUGACGUGGGCCGCAUCUGGGCUGUUGGGUCACACCUGUGCAGCAAUUGUCGGGCGUGAGCAAAGCCAACCGGCCAACUCUAGGGCAUAUGAUUUUAUCAUAGUAGGGGGUGGUACUGCAGGCCUAGCGGUUGCUUCACGCAUCAGCGUUGGCAUUCCCGAUCUAAGCAUACUUGUCAUUGAGGCCGGGCCCGACGGUCGUGAAGAACCAGGCAUCAGCAUCCCAGGUAGAAAGGGCUCAACGCUUGGUGGAAAGUAUGACUGGAAUUUUACCACCAUCGCACAGCCCGCCGCCAACAACCGCGUGUUCUCCCAGAAUCGUGGCAAAGUCCUUGGAGGCAGCUCAGCACUCAAUCUUAUGACAUGGGACCGGACCUCAGCAUAUGAGCUGGAUGCCUGGGAACAUACUCUGGGCAAUGAGGGGUGGAACUGGAAGAAUCUGUACGCUGCUAUGUUGAAGGUUGAGACUUUCCUGCCGUCGCCCGCGUAUGGAACAGAAGGAGUUGGCAAGACAGGACCUAUCCGGACGCUUAUUAACAGGAUCUUUCCUAAGCACCAGGAUACAUGGUACCCAACCAUGAACAGUCUUGGAUUGGUAACCAACCGAGAGUCUCUCAAUGGUAAUCUAAUUGGAGUGUCCACCCAGCCAAGCAACGUCAGCCCCAACUACACGCGUUCCUACGCCCCAGAGUACCUUAAACUCGCUCUACAAAAUGUUGAUUUGAAGGUAGAAACGCGUGUAGCGAAGAUCAACUUCAAGGGAACGACUGCUACUGGAGUCACGUUGGAGGACGGUACAACCAUCACUGCUCGGCGGGAAGUGAUAAUUUCCGCAGGAUCAUUCCAGACGCCUGGUCUUCUUGAGCUUUCUGGUAUCGGUAACGCAACACUCCUUGAGAAGCUUGGCAUUCCAGUCGUCAAGCAUCUGCCCUCCGUUGGUGAGAACCUCCAAGAUCAUAUCCGUAUCCAAAUCUCGUACCAGCUCAAGCCCGAAUAUCCCUCCUUCGAUGUCCUCAAAAACGCUACACGCGCAGCUGCUGAGUUGGCGCUCUACAACGCCGAUCGCGUAUCACUCUACGACUACACCGCUAGCGGCUACGCAUACUUCCCAUGGAGCAUCGUAUCCAACGCCACGUCCUCGAAAUUCCAAAACCUAGUUCUGAACGACAAGACCUUGACUUCCACCACGGACAGGCUGAAGAAGAGCUACUUCUCCCCAACCCUCAGCACCAUGGUUCCUCAACUAGAAGUCAUCUUCUCAGACGGCUACACCGGCCUCAAAGGAUACCCAGCAGCGAACUCAUCCCAAUUCGGCAUUGGAACCUUCGCCCUUAUCGGCGUCGUACAACAUCCCCUCAGCAAAGGCUACGUUCACAUCACCUCGCGCAACAUCAGCGAUAAGCCCCUCAUCAACCCAAACUACCUGUCAAACCCUUACGAUCUGCAAGCCGCGACGAACCUAGCCAAGUUCCUGCGCAAGAUUGCUUCGUCCAAGCCCAUGAGCGAUGUCUGGACCGAGGAGUACGAGCCUGGUAGUUCGGUUCAAACUGAUGAGGACUGGAAGAAGUAUGCGCUGGCUAAUACGCUAAGUAUUUACCAUCCCGUUGGUUCUGCCGCGUUGCUUCCAGAGAAAGAUGGCGGUGUGGUGGAUACCAAGCUAAAGGUGUAUGGUACCAAGGGAUUGAGAGUAGUAGACGCGAGCAUUAUUCCUUUGCUACCGAGUGCGCAUAUUCAGACGCUGGUUUAUGGAAUUGCCGAGAUGGCGGCGGAGAUGAUUAUCAGUGAGCAUAAAAGAUAGUUUAGGGUGAGUUGUUCGAAAAAAAGCAAUGUGAGGGGGAAGACUGGCUAAGUUGAGGAACGGUACACAACGCGUAGACGUCAUGGAACCACUUUCACGACUUCACAAUAUUAUCUUCUGGUCAUCUUGCUGA